AUGAAAUUGAAAUAUCUUCGAGAAGCAGAUGGAGAGAAUCUCUUUGAUUCGCGUUACGCCUACAAAUAUCUGGACUAUAUGCUUAGGAAUUUGGGCUGGGGCUCGACCACGUCAUACAGCUAUAUGAAAAAGCAACUUUAUAGAGUUUGGACUGGUUUGGUCGUAGCCUUCACUCUAUACGUUCCGGUUCUAUUCGUACAGUCGCUGAUGUGGACCAUAGACAUCUCCCAUGCGGACACUCUAUUCACCUCUCUGGAAGUAUUUUUCAAUGCCCCCGCCUAUACGAUCAAGUCCACAAUAAUGCUCCUGAACAGAUGGCGCGUGGACAAGGCCAAGGAUCUGUUGGACGUAAUGAGUCGACGUUGUGUAACAUAUGAAGAUAGAGUCGAAGUACACAAAUUGGUGACUCGCUGCAAUUAUAUAAUCUGCUUAUACCAUGUUAUAUACUUUAUACCGACUUCCCUUAACCUGGCCUAUGCUAUUUCGAGUGGUAUACCGCCAUUGAACUUAUAUAACCCCUUUGUGGACUGGCGGGACGGCACUCGCAGCUUGUGGAUCGCCUCGAUCUUGGAGUACUUCCUACAGGUAUUCGCCAUCUAUGCCACCUUGGCACUGGAUGCUACUCCUUUGAUAUUCGGACUAACUGUACGAGCCUAUAUCAAGUGGCUCCAUGUGAGAGUUGAACGACUGAGAACGCAGACUGAUAUGACCGAAGAGGAGAACUACGAGGAACUAGUGCUCUGCAUCAAGGAUCAUAAGCUUAUUUUAGAGUGA